UGGGAGGUGUUGGGGGAAUACAGAAGACAGAGACGCUCACACGGACAACUUGCUCGUCCUGCGGCCACUGAGGAGCGACAGAAGCAUCGUUGGAGAAGCUGCAGCCGCAGCACUCAUGACCAGCAGUUUAGCGAUGGAUCACGCCUUCCUGCCUCGGUCCAUUUGGACCGGUGACAGCAAAUCCCUGCAGCAGCCCGUGGAUCUGUUCACCAGCGUGGUGGUGACGCGCAGCAUCCCCGCGGGCACCUGCUUCGGUCCCUGUCUCCUCCAGCACACUUUCUACGACACCAUCGCCUUCAUCGCCCAGAAAUCCACCGACAAGAGGAUGAAAUCUUACGUGUUUAGGGUGGACCCUGAGGCUAUGCGUAAUUCUGCGCUGGUUCUGUCGUGGUUGCGGUUGGUUCAGGCUGCGCGCAACGCAGAGGAGCAGAACACCGAAGCCUUUCUGAAAGCGGGUCAGUUGUACGUCCGGACCACUCGGGACAUCCAGGAGGAAGAAGAGCUGCUAGUGUGGUACGACCAGGAGCUCUCCCACCUGCUGGGCUUCACUGACGUCACCACCAGAAGGUCCAGUGAAGAGUACACAUGUGGACGAUGCAACCAGGUCUUCCAGAACGAGUUCCCCUUCUUGACCCACUGCCGCUUCCUCUGCACCCAAAUCAACACCUGGAGUCGCGAUGCGUACGAGCGCAAACAUAUGGAGAUAAAAAGAGAGCAUCGAGUGACUGACUUCCACAACAUCGCCAGAGAUUUGGAGCAUAGAAAACCCAGUGAGGAUCCGGAGAUGCCUCCACUGAAGAGGAAACUUGAAGAAAGCCCACAUCUGAAAUCGCGUAAGAACGUUCUGCUGGAAAAAACCAACAUCUCUUACGGGGACAAUAUCACGCAGCAGGUCCGAGCGCAAGACAGCGGCGUUGGUCUCGAACUGGACUCUACGUGUAAGCAGAAAGGCGAGAAGAUAAAGACGGAUCACCUGGGAUGUAAAAACGACGCAGCUCGGGAAAGCAAAGAUGCGCAUGCUGAGCUCGGGGAGAGCUCCGGGGUGCACGCCAGCGGAAGCAGUGCCUUCUCCUUGGUCCUGUCCGGUCAGGGGGAGCAGAAAAGCGCUUUUUGUAAACCCAGUAAAAAGACUUCUCUCUGUGGCGGACCAGUGCGUCUCAGCAGCGUGACAUCUGCGUCCUCUAGCGGUCAAGAUGAUAUGAGCGACACCUUCCCUCCAAGAAGCGUGUCGGGAUACAUGUCGCCAAGUAUCUUGAACCCAGACUUACACGCGGUUCCACCCGCUGUCACGGUGAAUGGCGCCUUCCAUUACGCGCCGGAGCACUGGUCCAGAACCGCCCCGGUUCAGACCAACUCGGCCCUCACCAUCCUCCCGCCUACCUUCACCUCAUUCGGGGUCUCGGUCCAGAACUGGUGCGCCAAAUGCAACCUCUCCUUCCGCAUGACCUCUGACCUCGUCUUCCACAUGCGCUCCCACCACAAGAAGGAGUUCGCGGCGGAGUCUCAGGUGAGAAGGAGGAGGGAAGAGAAACUCACCUGCCCGAUAUGCCACGAGUAUUUCCGGGAGAGACACCACCUGUCCAGACACAUGACCUCUCAUAACUGAGGCCUCAAGGACAAAGACUGUAUUUAUUCGCGGCCAUAUUUAACACAUUGGAUGAAUGUCGGUAGAGAUCAGUGUGUCCACUAGAUAGCGACAGAGUCACGCAGCAGUUUGUCCUUCAAUUGACGUUUGGUUUGUGCCUUAUGGACCUUAAGAGUGGAGUUGGACAGCUCACGAUUGUCUCUAAUAUAUGGAAGAAAUCUGCCAUUUUAUCUGCUCCGAACCGAUGUGUGCUAUAUGGAUUGAGUUUGUUUGCACAUUUUAAAGUCCAA